AUGCCUCCUAAGCAAUGGGACGACGAGGAGAGCGACUCUGAUAGCUCGAGUUCCACUCCCGCCGUUGGUGUUCCGGGUGCCGCCGCUCGCCGCAAGUUUGACGACGAAGAGGAUGACAGCGAUGUCCUCGACUCGUGGGAUGCCGAUGACUCCGAGGCAGAAGCCGAGAAGGCUAAGAAGGCUGCCGAAGCCAAGGCCAAGGCUGAUGCCGAGGCUGCCGCCAAGAAGGUGCCCAAGGGUGAGCGCAUCGCGCAGCUCAAGGCCAAGCGUGCCGUUCAGGCUGUCUUGGACGAUGAUGAAGACUAUGAAGAUGAGACGGAGGCCGAGCGCCGUGAACGUCUCCGCCGAACCGAGCAGGAUGCGGAUUUGGCCCACGCCGCCGACAUGUUUGGAGACGCUGGUUUGAGCGCUGGCCGUGCUAAGACCAAGACUGCUGCCGUCGUCAUCGACAGCAAGGACCCUACCAAGACUGUUGAUAUCGCCAAGCUGCCCCUCUUCGACCCCAAGACAAAGGCCCAGUUCGAACUCCUUCGCAUAACUGUUGGCCCCGUCAUCGCGGCCCACUCUAAGAAGGCUCACUACAGCCUCUUCCUUCAGGAGUUCACCAAGACCUUGGCUCGUGAUAUGCCCAGCGACCAGAUCAAGAAGCUCGCCAGCGGUCUCACUGCUCUCGGCAACGAGAAAAUGAAGGAGGAGAAAGCUGCCGAUAAGGGCGGUAAGAAGACCAAGGCCGCCAAGACGAAGACUUCCCUUGUCACCGGCCGUGCCAACGCUGCUGAUACCGCCGCGUACGACGACGACGGCUUUGGAGAGUUCGUACCCCCAUGA